UUAUUUAUAUUUUUUAUCGAGAAGUCGACGUCAACAAUUUCUUUACUCUAGUUCUUAUAGCGUAUGGACCAAAUCAAGAAGAAUUAUUAACAAAAAAAUAAUGAAAUUAGUACCUCGAUGAUACAUCGCGUAUGUGUGUGACAAAGUGUAUUUUAUUGUUCAUAAAAGAAGGAAAAAAUUUAAUUUAUUUUGUGGUUAAAGUAAAUUUAGACAAAAGAUAAAAUAAUAUUAAAUAAUGGCUGAGAACCCAGGUGGCAAUAAAGGUGGUGGCUUAUUGUCUACACAAAACAUCAUACAAAAUCAACUGUUUCGUCGGCAAAGAAGUAUUAGGGCCUUUCAAAAAUCCUCCAAAACUGAAGAAGAGAGUGGUGAUAAGACUUAUGUUGUUAUAAAAUUUGGAGAAAAGGCUAAAUUACAACAAUGUCGAGAUGUUGAAAAGAUUAUUCAACAAUUUGGCAUACAAACCACUUUGGAAGUGGUAGAUAAAAGUGAAAAAUAUUUAUAUCUAACUGCCUCUACGGAUACUCUACUACGUUUGGCCGAUGAAGCGGAGCUAACCAAGCCCACAAUAACGGGUAGUAUGCAAAAGUUUAAUUAUCAUGCGAUCAGUGAUUAUCUAUUGCCCGGUAUGACUAAAGAUGAUAUAGUGCGUUUUUGUGAAGCACCCGUUUUGAUAAAAGAUGUUGUUAAGCCGGAGCUGUUGUCUCAUAUAAGAAAUGGUGUAGUCGAGGAUAUAUUUCCUCUGCAUGAUUUAGAAUAUUUAGAUAAAUUUGGCUUUAAUUGGCGCCGUCGUACUAUGCCCAUUGAAGAUAUACGUAAUUAUUUUGGUUCCAGUAUUGGCUUAUAUUUUGGUUUUACCGAAUUCUAUACUAAAGCCUUAAUAUUCCCCGUUUUAUUUGGUUUAUUACAAUACAUUUGGAGGUUUAACUAUUCGUUAGUUUGUGGCUUUUAUGUGAUAUGGACUACGAUUUUUCUGGAAUUGUGGAAACGUAAAUGUGCUGGCUAUUCCUAUCGCUGGGGUACCAUUGAAAUGACUAGCUUGGAUAAGCCACGCACUAACUAUAAAGGUGUUCUCAAACCUGAUCCCAUUACCGGUAAAAUGACCAUGCAAUAUCCCAUGCGUUAUACUUAUCUGCAAAUGUAUUUGGUUUCUUAUCCGGUGGUGGGUUUGUGUGUUAUAGCUUCUGCCUAUUUUGCUUUAUAUCAAUUUCAAAUUGAGGCUGAAGUUUUGGCCGAUUUUGGACCAGAUUCUUGGCUUUUAUAUGUACCAGUAAUAGUGCAAUCCAUAUUGAUUGCUAUAUUUUCCUGGGCCUAUGAGAAAUUGGCUACAUUCUUAACGGACACCGAAAAUCAUCGUACCCGCUCACAAUAUGAUCGUCAUCGUGUUAAUAAAUUAAUGAUAUUUGAAAUUGUUAAUAAUUUCUUUUCCUUAUUUUAUAUCGCCUUCAUUUUACAAGAUUUAAAUCAACUAAAUUAUCAAUUAAUGAUGCAGUUGUUAAUAUUCCAGUUGGUUUGCAUUGCCCAGGAAAUUGGCAUUCCCCUACUGGCUGUUGUAAGACAAAAAUAUGUUAAAUAUUUACACAAAGAAGUUGAUGAGGAAAAGCGCUCUCUCGUUAGUGAUGUAGCUCGGUAUGAACAGUGUUAUUAUGAAGCUGGUUUGGAUCAAUAUCAGUCAACGUAUGAGGAUUAUUUACAAAUGUGCAUACAAUUCGGUUAUGUGGUUUUGUUUGCGGCUGUAGCUCCUUUUGCUGCCUUUGGUGCCUUAAUUAAUAAUAUUUGUGCCAUGCACAUUGAUUUGUUUAAGCUUUGCAACAUUUUUAAGCGACCCUUUGCUCGUCGUACCAAAAAUAUUGGAGCCUGGCAAUCUGCCUUUGAAUUGUUGUCAGUUAUGGCGAUCUUAAGUAAUUGUGGUAUUUUGUAUUUACAGCCAAAUGUCAGAGGUUUCUUUACCAAUCUCUUUCCCUCUAUGCCCAAUAUAUCUUUCGUACUUUUCGAACAUUUGCUAUUGGGUUUGAAAUUCGUCAUCCACAAGGCCAUACAUGAAAGACCCAGAUGGGUGCGUAUUGCUUUAUUAAAGGCUGAUUAUGAAUCAAGUUUGGCUUAUAAAAAUAUCAAAAAAUUUAAGGCCAACAAUAAAAUUGACUGAUUACAAACCAUCAUGAACUGGAAAAUCUCUAAGAAUAUUACUCAAAGACGUCCUAUUUAUUCAAUGUUACUAACAAUCUCUUUUUAUUUGCAGUGUUGUUUCUCAUUAUAUGUGGAUCAUAUAGUUAUUUACUUACAAUUUAUUUUUUGUAUUUUUUUUACUAACAUACUUAAAGCUGUGUUUUGUUUCUUUUAACCUAAACUUAAAUAAAUAUUUACAAUAUAUUUAGGGCUUUUACAACUAAAAACUUCUAAA